AUGGAAUGGAUCGGAAACUUCUGCUUCGAUGCCAACACUCACCAAAUGUCUUAUAUUUAUGGUUUCGAUUCAAGAAAUUUCGUGGUUUGGGACGAAAGGGAGCAGAGAUUUAUAGAGAGCAUAGACUGCGGAGGCGGUCACCGAUCCUGGGAUUUCGUUAUGUCUAAAAUCAGAGUCAACUCGGACCUAAUGGUCAGCAAAAUGUCUCACUCGAAGAAAAUUAACUGCUGUUCCCUUCUGUUCACCACUUCCUCAAUGUAUUUCGCGACCGCCGGAGAGGAGAACGUCAUUCAUAUAAAUAGUUUAGAUAUGAAGACACAUGCCUUUCAAAUUGAAUUAUACCUCUUCGGCCACAUAUCCAACAUCUCUGCCAUCACUUGUAGUUCCCCUAAGAAGUGUCCGAACACUUGUUAUAUGGUAUCUGUGGGCGGAAGGACUCAACUCAUGCUUUGGUUCAUAGAAAUUAAGGACAAGAAUUUAUUUUGCAAACAAUUAUUGAAUAAAUUCUUAUGGGAUUCCAAUGAUAUGCAUAAUAGGACUAAAGACAUGAAGACUUGUUCUCCAGAAGAUCCACAAAUUCGUUAUUUAGACGCAAAUAUGUGCCAAAUAUCUGAUGACCAAUAUUUGAUAUCUACGGCCUGUUCUGAUUCAGCCUUUCGUUUAUAUACAACUUCAGUUAAUACAAGUUGUGUGUUAAGAGUCUUAAAUGCCUUCAAAUCUCAUGUAAUCACCGCUUCAAACGACGGCACACUUAAAAUAUGGUCUCUAAUGGAGGGAUAUUUAGAUAAAUUACUCGCCGAUGACUUGCAAUCAAAACCAAUUGAAUUGAAUUCAGUCUUUGAGAUGCGUACUCAUGAGGCGGGCAUUAAUGCAUUGGAUAUCUGUCUGUUAAAUGGCAUCAAAAUAUUAUCCCGGAAUCGGAUAUUGAGUGCAGCCAUCGAUCAGAGGAUAAUUCUGUGGAAAUAUGAAUUAGAUUCCGAAGAAUUGUGCCUAAAUUUAGAGCCAAUCAGUUCUCACGUUUCAAAGGAGAUACUGCAGGCACCGGAUGGUCAGGAGGAGGGCGGCUGGAAGUACGAGCACUUGAGACAGUUCUGUCUCCAACUCAACCGACUGGCCGUCAAAUUACAGACGGAAUGCUCGCCGCAGACGUGCACUCAGAUGACGGCCACCGAGCAGUGGAUCUUCUUAUGCGCCGCCCAUAAGACGCCCAAAGAGUGUCCAGCCAUCGACUACACGCGCCAUACGUUGGACGGCGCCGCCUGUCUACUCAACUCCAAUAAGUACUUCCCGUCGAGGGUUACCAUAAAGGAGUCAUCGGUGGCUAAGUUGGGAUCCGUGUGCCGCCGGGUGUACCGUAUCUUCAGCCACGCCUUCUUCCACCACAAGACCCUCUUCGAUGAGUUCGAGAACGAGAUGUUCCUCUGCAAGAGAUUCACCGCUUUUGUCAUCAAAUACAACCUCAUGUCCAAAGACAACCUCAUUGUUCCCAUCGUUGGUCUCGAC